UGUGUCAUGAAAACAAAUGGGCAUGAUGUUGGGUGUUUGACAGGGUAGAGAGUUCUUGUUUUGGACUUUGAUCAGCCUUGGCACAUCGUUGAACUUUGGAACUCUCAUAUAGGUGAGUGUGAAAAGAUGCCGACCAAUGGGAGCCCAGCAUAUGUUGUGGGCGUGGGGAUGACCAAGUUCCACAAGCCCCUCAGCAAGCAGUGGGACUACCCUGAUAUGGCCAGGGAGGCAGGUGCAGCUGCACUGAGUGACGCCGGUAUUCCCUAUAACAAGGUGAAGGCUGUGGUUGCCAGCUACUGCUAUGGUGAGCCGACCAGUGGACAGCGGGCAGUGUACGAGCUUGGUCUCAGCGGUGUUCCUGUGUUCAAUGUCAACAACAACUGUUCCUCAGGGUCCACUGCUCUCAUGCUGGCACGGCGUCUGGUACAGAGCGGGGUGGAGGACUGUGUGAUGGCCCUCGGGUUUGAGAAGAUGGAGGGUGGAUUGUCUGAGCGCUACACUGACCGAACAUCACCCGUGGGGCGACACAUGGACCACAUGGUGAGUCUCGGAGCGACACCUGGUGUCAUCCAGCCCAGCAUGAACAACAUGACGUCGGAUGUUAUCAAACUUUUUGCAUACGCAGCCAGAGAAUACAUGCAGAGGUACCCCGGUGUCACGGUGGAGGACCUAGUCGACAUUGCAUACAAAAACAGGAAACAUGGCCUCAACAACCCCUACGCAUCGCUGCCCAAGCUGCCGCCUAAGGAUGUGAUUCGCCAGAAGAUGAUGCUGUGUUACCCACUGACCAUGGGGAUGACAGCACCCACAGCAGACGGCAGCGCGGCGGCGGCCAUUGUAUGCAGUGAGUCCUUCAUGAAGGCAAACAAGCUUCAGGACAAGGCUGUAGAGAUCAUUGCACAGCACAUGGUCACAGAUCUCCCCUCCUCCUUCGAGAAGAGCUACAUCGACCUGUCUGGAGUCGGAAUGGCAAGAACAGCAGCAGAGCGUUGUUAUGCCGACAGUGGGCUGCGACCUGGAGACGUGGAUGUGCUUGAGGUCCAUGAUUGCUUCUCCAGUAAUGAGCUGCUAAUGUACGAGGCUCUACAGCUUGCUCUUCCCGGCCGGGGCUCGGACCUCAUCAGGAACUCAUCAUGGAGGAGGAAUACAAAUGGAGGAGAUGUCUGUGUCCUGAAUGACCGCUGGGUUGUGAAUCCCUCAGGGGGGCUGGAGUCCAAGGGCCAUCCUAUUGGGGCUACAGGUCUGGCACAGUGUGCCGAGUUGUCAUGGCAACUACGAGGGGAGGCUGGGAAACGCCAGGUGGAUGGAGCACGGGUUGCUAUGCAACACAACUUCGGCAUCGGUGGUGCUGCAGUGGUGACGAUGUACAGGAAAUACGGGCAGCAGUUCUCAUCCAAGCUGUGACACAGAGGCACAGAGGGGGCACAACACUGGGAGAUGAUUCUAAUGAAGUGCUGGUAUGUUAUCAUAACGUGUUUCUAUUGAUGGUAUUUUAAAUACUGAUGUGGAUGAGAAAUGUUGGGUGUACUUUUGUAAUUUGAUCAGUGUUGCUCGACCUCCACAAAAUCUGUGUCAGAGACAAUAGUCAGGAAUAUUUAACUACCUCUAGUUACUACCUAAAUGUGGUUUAGACAUAUUUUUAUUUCACCAAGCAGAAACCUGGAUAGGUGAACAAGCCUUGUGGCUUAUAUAACCGCCGCUACCUCAAAUGUUACUUCUCUUGUAGACUUGGUCAAGUCUGUGGCAGUUCAUUUACCUCAAAGAAUAUUUAAUCAUUGGAGACAACCCGUGACAUAAGAUUGGCACUGUCAUGGCUACCUGAAGACUGAUUAAUUCUGCUCGGUUGUCCGAUUCCUGACACACAUCUCCAGGUCAUGGGAGGACCUUGCUGGAGUACAGACGUACAGAUAAGUUGCGUAUCUGGGCAAAUUACACAAAUAUUGAUGUAAAAACUCCAUUCCUGUUAAGUCUUAUGCUUACAAGUACGGUUGAAUCUUUGUAAAUACUCAUCAAAUUUGAUCUUACAAAUUUGAUCUUGUGCGUACACACAAGAAUGUCAAAUCACCUGUGAUAUGUUCAUCUCUUAAAGCAGACCAAUUGCCCUUGUGUAUUUGUUAUAUACUUUAGCAUAGCUGGUGAUAACAGACAUUAUCAUACAGAAAUAAUUCAUUGUUUGAUCGGCAUUCUCGAAGUUGGUGAGUCAACAAAUGAAACAUACAACUUUAUGGAUGACAACUUCUGGUUUAUUUGCGUUGAGCGACGUUUCGAUGUAGAUUCUUAUAUCGUAAUCAAGCUUGAGGCAUGUAGGCAUUAGUAGACUUGAAACAUCGCUCAACGCAAAUAAACCAGAAGUUGUCAUCCAUAAAGUUGUAUGUUUCAUUUGCAGAAAUAUUUCAUUACUGGAAAUACUACGAUCAGUGUGGUCCAAGACCAAGCAAUGAGUAUACAUGUUGCUGUUUGUGAUUGGGGUCUGACAGAUGAAAAUAAACUUUCACAGUCAGUGAACAACUUUUA